AUGUUUGGCGGGACGGAGACGGUGGCGUCGGCGAUCGAGUGGGCAAUGGCGGAGAUGACGCAUUGUCCUGACGACCUCCGACGUCUGCAACAGGAGCUCACCUACGCGGUGGGUCUCGAUCGAAAUGUGGACGAAACGGACCUUGACAAGCUCCCCUUCCUCAAGUGCGUCAUCAAGGAGACGCUCCGGUUGCACCCACCCAUCCCAUUGCUCAAUCAUGAGAAUACUGAGGAUUGUGUCGUCGGCGGCUACUCCGUGCCCCGGGGCUCCCGCGUCAUGAUCAACAUCUUUGCCCUCGGUCGUGACGCCAGCGCUUGGAAGGACGCCGAUGUGUUCCGACCUUCAAGGUUCAUGGUUGGGGAAGGGGAGGCCGCCGAGGUCGACUUCAAGGGCGGGUGCUUUGAGUUCCUGCCAUUUGGGUCUGGCCGCCGCUCGUGCCCUGGCAUGGCGCUUGGCCUGUACUCGUUGGAGCUCGUUGUCGCGCAGCUCGCUCAUGGGUUCAACUGGGCACUUCCCGACGGCAUGGUGCCGUCGGAGCUCGACAUGCGUGAUGUCUUCGGCCUCACUGUUCCACGCGCCACCAGGCUCUGCGUCGUGCCCAUGCCUCGACUCACCUGCUCUUUGGUUGCUGAUGAUGAUGCCACGCACCAGGCAUGA